CAAUAAUCUUCUUGCUCUAGAAGUAUUAAUUCUCUUCCAAGCCAACCCCACUAUAUAUCAUCUCACCUCCCCCUACUCCACUGCAUCACAUCCAAGCUUCAUUUGGCGACAGCUUCCAUAUAGAGAUGGACUUGGAGGAUUGGGAGUUGCUUUCUGGAAAUGGCUUCCACAGUUCAGGCCAAGAGCCAUGCUUCAAUCCGACAGGAUUCUUCGACGUCAAUUACUUCGCCAGUCCAUCCCCUGCAAUGCAAGAGGGUCCAAUUCUUAGGAGCAUUGACCGACAUCAGGUUUUAGCUCCAACUGAUCCAGAUCCCAUUGUUGAGAAAAACCGGGACGAUGUGCUAGAGAAAGAGAUCGUAGAAGACUGCAGCGUGCCACCAGUGCCCGUUGGAGAGAGUGAAGUUAUACUUGAAAUAGUCUUUGAGGAACUGAAGGAGAACAAGUCCAACACCGGGGUGAUCAUGAUGCCUCAGUCAGGGGAAGGGUUCGUCCAAUUUGCUGAACACAACGAGUCCUACAUGGCCGAGCAUUUGGAGCAGGAGAUACCGAAACAUGCGACUGUCGGCGAAUUGGAAAUAGAGAAAGAGGAUUUCCAUGAUUUGGAGAUCAAAGGGAAGGCUUGCCUGGAUGGGUCUAGUUUCAGGUGGAGAAUGACAGGUUUACGAGGCCUUUGUUCCAUUGGAAUGGCUGCUGCCACGUUCCUCAUGCUUGUAUGGGCUGGAAACCACCAACAGAAGCAACCAAAGCUCAAAUUCCAGAUCAAGUCCAAUGACAAGAGGAUUGAUCAAGGGGUGCGGCAGGCUACAGAGACAGGUAGCGAGAUGACUACAGCUCGUAUUUUAUUUGGUGGCAACUACAAUGGACUUUCACUUGAUAGAUCUACUUAAAAGAUAUACUUGAUGCUGUUUAUUAUGAAACUUUUCCUUACAAGCUCUAUGGAGUUGUGGAUUGUCAUGGUUUUAGGUACUUAGAUACCUUGUUAUCUCAAAUUGAGGAAUUUGCAUCUGACAGAGAUCGAGUUUGUGUGCACUUCCUCGAUAUGAGGAGGAAAAUGUGUAAUUUGGUGUUAAAAGCAAUGUUGAAGAAUUAACAUAAUCAGAUUUUAUUUGAUG